AUGGAGUUCUGUGAGGUAGAUCUAGAUGAGUUCUGCUACAAGCAAUUUGAUAGGACAAAGAAAUCUUGUUCGUAUAUACCUUAUGAUAAAAAUGAGUUCCUCGAUAAGGUGAAUGAACUGAUACGACAAAAAAGGAUUAAGGUUGUACCAGGGUAUGCUGGUUUUUGUAAGCAUAUUUUUGUUGAAAAUUUUACAGAAGCGACUGUGGAGACAAUAGAGAUUAACAAUAAAAAUAGGGACCUCAUAAAAACAGAUUACAUUUCCAGGAGGGACAAUGAACUGCCUGUAUUGAUCAGGUGGAUCUCAAAGAAGGACGUGAAGGACAUCCUGAAGGCCAAGUACCUCGACCUCAUUUUGUACUCCAGGGAACAGAUCGAAAAGGAGAAUAAAGAAACGAAAACAGUCCCUAAUAGGAAGUCCAACUGUCUCUACUCCAUCAUCUGCAUUAAGCCACAAAAUGUGGACUAUGAGUUACCCAUGACUCCCAUCACCAUGCUGCGCAACACUCUCAUCAGCGAGGGUGGCAGCGGCAUCAACUUGAACCGCGACAAGUACCUCGAGUCGGUCAAAGGCUGCUCAUUGCGGGGUGGCAGCGCCCUGCGUGCCCUGCUCGCGCCUGCGCUCGUCGAUGAGGCCCAUCAAAUUUUUGGGCAGCUUCCACUUGGGGACGUUCUCCUGUACAGGUUCAAAGAAGCGCAACGUGUACCCGAAGGGUUCCUUCGUAAGCACAUCAACGAACUUUUGAGUCAGUUCCUCAGGAGUGGAAGCAGCGGAGGUCAAAGCGAUUUUCCUAACAUCUCGCAGAGUGGAAAAAUCAAAAUCGUCAACACUGUUCACCAACACAGCAGGGGUCUUCCGUAG